AUGCAGUACCUGCAAGCAGUGAUCAAGGAGAGUCUUAGACUUCAUCCACCGUUUCUGCUACUACUUCUUCGAGAAUCAACAGAAGACGUAAAAUUACUAGGCUAUCACAUACCUGCUAAAACUCAAGUCAUAAUUAAUGAUUGGGCAAUCGGAAGAGAUCCAUUGUCGUGGGAUGAUCCAGAGGAGUACCGGCCAGAGAGGUUCUUGAAUAGUAAUAUUGACGUCAAAGGACUAAACUUUAAAUUGAUUCCCUUCGGAGCAGGCAGAAGGGGCUGCCCGGGAAGAACUUUUGUUGUUGCUAUGAUUGAGUUAGCAUUGGCAAAGCUUGUAAACAAGUUCAAUUUUGCAUUACCAGAAGGAUUAAGAGAGGAGGAUUUGGAUAUGACUGAAACUAUAGUAGCCUCACUGUUUUUCUUCCGCUGGGCAGAUCUUUCCGUUACUUGA